UUGAAAGAUGUGUUACUGUGAGUGGAACACAGCUGAAGAACCAAGGCUUCUGUGUAUGCCCAGCCAACAGGGUAGCCAUGAUCCUGUCCUCUUAUAGCACCUUCCAGUCUGUCCUCUGCUGCUGCUGCUGCUGCUCAGUGCAGAAGAGACAAGUGAGGACACAGAUAAGCCUGAGCAGAGACGAAGAACUCUCAGAAAAGCCUUCCCAGCGUCAGAGGCCUUGGUUCUCCAAACUGAUGGGAAAAAAUCAAUCCAACAAAAGCCGGGUGCAACCCUCAAAGCGCAAGCCGCUGCCUCCCCUCCCUCAGGAGCUUCCGGAAGAGAGAAUCCAGGUCAAGGCUCUUUAUGAUUUCCUGCCUCGGGAGCCCUGUAAUUUGGCACUGAAGAGAGCAGAGGAAUAUCUGAUAUUGGAGAGGUGCGAUCCUCACUGGUGGAAAGCCAGAGACCGCCUUGGGAAUGAAGGCUUAAUCCCAAGUAACUAUGUGACAGAAAACAGACUCACCAAUUUAGAAACAUACGAAUGGUACCAUAAGAACAUUACAAGAAAUCAGACAGAACGCCUGCUGAGGCAAGAGGCUAAAGAAGGUGCAUUUAUCGUGAGAGAUUCGAGACAUUUGGGGUCUUACACAAUCUCUGUGUUUACAAGAGCCGGAAGGCGUACACAGUCUUCAAUAAAACAUUAUCAGAUUAAAAAGAAUGACUCAGGACAGUGGUACGUCACCGAAAGACACCUCUUUCCCUCAGUUCCCGAGUUAAUCCAGUAUCACCAGUACAAUGCAGCUGGCCUCAUGUCCCGUCUCCGCUAUCCUGUUGGGCUCCUGGGCAGCUGUUUGCCAGCCACAUCUGGUUUUAGCUAUGAAAAGUGGGAGAUAGAUCCGUCAGAAUUGGCUUUUGUCAAGGAGAUCGGAAGUGGUCAGUUUGGGGUAGUCCACUUAGGAGAAUGGAGAGCACAUAUCCGGGUCGCCAUCAAGGCCAUCAAUGAAGGUUCCAUGUCUGAAGAAGAUUUCAUUGAGGAAGCCAAGGUGAUGAUGAAACUGUCACAUUCGAGGCUAGUUCAACUUUAUGGUGUGUGUAUACAGCAGAAGCCCCUCUUCAUAGUGACGGAGUUCAUGGAGAAUGGCUGCCUGCUGGACUACCUCAGGGAGAGAAGAGGCAAGCUCCAGAAGGCGCUGCUCUUGAGCAUGUGCCAGGACGUCUGUGAGGGGAUGGCGUACCUGGAGUCGAGCUGCUAUAUUCACAGGGAUCUGGCUGCCAGAAACUGUUUGGUCAGUUCUGCCUGUAUAGUAAAGAUCUCGGACUUUGGGAUGACGAGGUACGUUUUGGACGAUGAGUAUAUCAGUUCUUCUGGAGCUAAGUUCCCAGUCAAGUGGUGCCCCCCUGAAGUUUUUCACUUCAACAAGUACAGUAGCAAGUCUGACGUCUGGUCGUUUGGAGUUUUAAUGUGGGAAGUUUUUACAGAAGGAAAAAUGCCGUUUGAAAAUAAGUCAAAUUUGCAAGUAGUAGAAGCCAUUUCUCAAGGUUUCCGGCUGUAUCGUCCUUACCUGGCCCCCAUGUCUGUAUACAGAGUUAUGUACAGCUGCUGGCAUGAGAACCCUAAAGGCCGUCCGACAUUUGCCGAGCUGCUUCAGGUUCUCACAGAGAUCGCAGAAACUUGGUGACCUUAAGUGGAACGCCAGCCCACAGGGUGAUCUUGCAAAAUUGUCACAAGGUGAAACCAUGGGCAUCUCUGAUGGGAAAUAUCUCCAAUAGGGCUGUUGACUCUUGGCAAUGGAGCAAAGGUCACAGGCUUAUCACACUGAUUUCAAUGCAAAAUAUUCUGAUAGUAGUCUUUGUACAGGUGUGAGAG